UUUUCAUGAGGAGUCUAUAGAGGGCGGGAUUAAAUAUAACAAAAUGGCGGUAAAUCAGUCAAGUUUGUGCUUGUCUUGACAGAAGUUCCUUCUUAAAAGGUGGUCCUGAACAAUGCCAUGAUUCUGAUUUGAUUAUCCUCAUCCAAGGACCCGACACAUACUUACCUAUGGCCAAGAGCUUGGCAUCCUGUUGUGUAUUCAGACGUCCUACUAUCAACCAACACAGCUCUUUGCAAGUUAUUCGUUGGCGGCCACACUUUGGUCAGGAAUUCCACAAUGUGGGGCAAUAGAAGGUGAACGGCUCCAGCAUUACAAUAUAAGAUGGAACCUGUUACCCCUCACAGAGAAAACUCAUUGUUUUAGUGUCAUCAAUGAAGCUGUCACUAACAAUUUUGGCAAGUUUUUCAAUUCCAUAAUAAAAAUGAGCAUAAGAUUUGUUGAAGGAAAUCAGGCAUCCCAGAAUGAGAACCUUCUGAGAGCCUCCAAGGAAGUUGAGAUAGCAAAACUUACUAUAGAAUGGAUUACAGAAGAAGAAGCCCUCCAGCUUACUCAAAAUGACAAGUGUAUGUAUGUCUGUGAUCCAUUCAAAGGGCCUGCAUUUGAACACAUUAAGACACUUGGUUGCAGAAUUGUGGGCCCACAGUGUGUUCUCAGUUGCCUGUCUCUCCGGCAGCCCAUUCCCAAAACAGAUCAUCCUGUGUACUCAAUAGCAAUGAGGAACAUAGUUGUCAGCUGUUCAAACAUUGAGAAGGAAGCAAGGGAGAAGAUCCAUACCUAUGUUGAGUGGAUGGGUGGUACGGUUUCACGAAACUUCACUGAUGUUGUAACCCACCUGGUGGCAGGUGAAGUUGGUUCCAAGAAGUAUCAUGUUGCAGUAAGUCUUAAUAAAAGUGUAGUAUUGCCAGAAUGGGUGUAUGCAGUUUGGAAGGCAGGAAAACAAUGCCAUGUAGAUGCAACAGAUCCGGAGUUCCACUGCCACAAAUGUCCUAUCUUCAAAGGCUGCAUUAUUUGUGUAACAGGCCUAGAACAUCAGGACAGAAAAGAUGUGAAGAGAUUAACAGAAGAGAAUGGUGGGCGAUACACAGGUGAACUGAAACUUCACGAAUGUACUCACCUUAUUGUGAGUACACCAAAAGGACAAAAGUAUGAUUUUGCUAGGAGGUGGAAAAUACAUUGUGUAUCACUGAAGUGGUUUAAGGAGAGUUUAUCAAAGGGAGCUUGCCAAGAUGAAAACCUAUACAACGUUGAACCAAGCACAAGUGAAGAUAAGCGGUCCACGUCCACUCCUAACAGGAAAUCUCCAAACUCCCGGCUUAGCACUCGUAUACCGGAUGUGAGCUCAAUAGCUUAUUUCAAUGAAUCCAAGAUAGAUGACACUAUGAUGACAACCAUGAACAUAACAACUAUGAACACGUCAAUCAACAAUAUGACAACCAUCAACAUGGAUAUCAAAGGUCAAGAUGUUCUUAGUGACCUUGACCUCUUCAAACCACCAGAGGAUUUUCUGGAUGCCUGCAAGAUCUAUCUCAGUGGAUUUUCUGGUAGUCGUUUGGAGAAAGUGCGGAAGAUAAUUAACAUAGGUGGCGGUACACGGUUUAGCCAGUUAACAGAGAAUGUCACGCAUGUUAUAGUUGAAACGGGUACAGAGGAUCAUAUACAGCUUGUAAUGUCAUCUGAUUUCAGGCCUGAAGUAGUAACAGUAGAAUGGUUAGUGGAAUGCUACAAGCAGGGGUCAACGGUCUCAGAGCUACCUUAUAUCUGUCUGGAUGUCCCAACAACCCAUGUUGUCAGCCCACAGAAGCCAGUCAAAAAUGUACCUGAUAAACAAAGCACAAAACAGAAAAAAUGGCCAAAAGACAAAGAAGUGGAGGGUGACGAUGAAGAGAGUGUUAUGAUGCAGUACCUUAGCACAGAAACACAAGAUUUUAGCAGAAUUGAUACGCCAGAGCUUGAUGUCACAACGAAACAAGAAAUUGAUGAACUUAAUAUACUGAAUGAAAUGGAGAAAGAUGCGGAGAAUGAUGGUGAAGAGGAGGAGGAUGACAAUGAUGCUACUCAAAUUGAUCAGGAAAUUGUUGCAGAAGAUGAAGACUAUAAAGGAAUCUUUUUUGGAAAAAAGUUUUCACUUAUUGGCUUUCUUGAAGACCAAGCAGAGGUGUUUGAAGAAAUGGUAACUUCCGAAGGAGGUGUUGUGAUAGCAACCAGUGAUAGUCCAGAGGCGGAUUAUCAAAUUGUGCCCAUCACAGGGAAUUUGGCCCAUAACACAGUACGCAACGUGGCUACCAACUGCUGGCUACAGCAGUGUGUUGAGUCUCACGAGUUGCACGAUUUGUCAAGCAAUCCACUGUUCCUACCAGUCAUGCUGGAUUUGAGCAAGACUCCUUUAAAGGGAUGUGUUAUAUCUAUCAGUCAGUACCAAGGUGUAGAGCGUGAUUGUAUCCUGCACUUAGUUGAACUGAUGGGAGCCACCUGCCAGGAGUACUUAGUACGCAAGUCUAAGAACAAUCUGGAAGCAAAUACUCACUUGCUUCUUAGGGAUCCGGAAGGAUCAAAGUAUGAUGCUGCCAUAAAAUGGAAGAUUCCAACGGUUGGGAAAAGGUGGCUCCUUGAAUGUGCCAAGCAAGGUAAGCAUGUAGCAGAGGAAAAGUACUUAGUUGAUAACCAAGGACAUGAUAGUACAUUGCUUUCAAACAGUGAAACUCAUGAUAACCAUGAAAUAGAGGAAGUAAAGACAGUAGAUAAUAUACCUCAGAAAGAGGCAGAGGAAGAGGAAGAUGAGAGAGUUGAAAUUCAAGCUGCAGAUGAAAAGAAUGAUCAGAAGGUGGAGGCGGAGGAGCAGCAGCAGGAUGGUGGAGUAAUUAUACAGAAUGUUAAUAAAAUUGAAAGUGAUUUUGCAGAUGAACAAAUUGACACAAAUAUACCAGAAACAUUAAAAAGUCCUGCAGUUGUGACUAUACCCACAGAAGAAAUAUUUGAACAGGAUAGCAAAGAGGCAUAUAUUUCAGAUUCUAAACAAACUAUUUCAAAAGGCAUUUCAGAAAAUAUAUAUGAUGAUGUACAGUUUUCCAAGCCCAGGCCUGUUAGCCGAAGACAAUCUGAACUGCAGAGGACCAGUACCACAUCCGAGGACACGCCUUCAAAGUUUCUUGCCCCUGGCUAUAGGCCUAAAUUUGAUAUUGCUGCAGCUCUGGCUUCUCUAGAAACUCCUCCGAGCCAAAAGAAAAGCAGACAUGUAAGGAAGUCUAGUGUGUCCUUAGAUGACCUCAUGAGGACAAAUUUAAAGCAAGCUAUCAAGAACUCUGAAGUGAAAUCCUCAGAUGAUAACGUAUUUGAAGAGUCACAAAAUUCCCAGGCUUCAUUAAAAGGUGUAAUUAUCUGUGUAAGUAUGAAACUGAAUAAGAAGCUGACGGUCUAUAACAAGAUAGCAACGGAGCUUGGCGCCGAUUUUAGAUGGACAUAUGACCCAACCUGUACUCACUUUAUAUAUCAAGGAAGAGCCAAAGACAGCAGUAAAGAACUGAAGUUAGCCAAAGAGCAGAACAAGCACGUUGUGUCUCCGCAUUGGCUCUUUGCUUGCCAAGAGGAAAAUGCAUAUCUGGAACCAUCUCUAUAUCCGCAUACUUACAACCCAAAGUUGAGUUUGACUGUAUCCAAGACACCAGUACGCUCAACGAGACGAUCAGCACGCAAGAUAAUUGCAUCUCCACCAGCAUCCAUUAACACAAAAUAUACUUCUGUUGCACCAGCUGUCGUUAACACAAAGUCAUCUGUGGCUGCUUUACCAGCAGUCGUUGACACAAAACCUACUAUUGCUACCGCUCCAGUACCUGUUGACACAAGAACUAUUGCUGCUACACCAGCAGCCAGAGCUGCAGCAACCAAUAAACAGCCUGACGACGAAGUGGCGUCAUCUGCUUCAAAGGUAGAACAUUCUGUAGCAGGCCAAGAAUCAACCAUUAUGAAAGAUACAGUAACGGAAGAAGAACUGAUGAUGUUCGAUGCAAUGGAGAAACAGGAAGAGCAAAAUCAGCAACAAAAUGAAGAAAGCGUUGACAGAACAGAAGAGGAAAAAGAAUUGGAGAAAGAAGGAUCAUUAGAAGAGAGGGAAGACUUCCAAAAACAAAUGGAACAGCUGAUGACAUCAGCGAUGCCAAGCAAGGGUGGGAAGCGUCGAAGUAGAAGAUUAAAUAGUAAUACUUCGGCGACUAACAUGAAUACCUCAGCUGGAUCUGUUUCUGAGGAGAGAGUAAACAGCAGUGGGUCGUCACACCGAGCAAGGUCAAAGAUGUCAAUUAUUGCAGAGGAUCCUGAAGCAAAAUCGAACAAAGCUGAGGUUCCAAUCGAAGCGUCACAGAAUAUUCAAAUUACGUGGGAUGAUCCAGCCGGACGCGAGGUGCGUAAGGAAAUAAUGGAACAGCUUCAGCGGUCAAGCAGUCCAACGCAACAACAGCAGAUGUCUUUUGAGACUGAGGACUUGAAGAAUGAAUCUAACAACACUACUGUCAGAGAACUAAUGGAAGCUCAAGAGUUGUUGACGAAAGAAGUGGAGAAUGAGGACCGGAUGUUGGAGGAACAAGCCUUCAAAGCUCCUCCCAUCAGACUACCCCCUGCAAGACCAGCUGUGGCCCCAGCCCCACUCACAGAAAAGCAAGAGAAAGAGAUUGAGCAGGAAAGACCGCCACCAAUAUUUAUGCUGUCGUUCAUGACACCACAAGAAAAGAUGGACUAUGCUGCCCUCAUUGAGCAACUUGGUGGAAUAGUGAAAGAAGCACAAUAUUUCGAUGGAUCAACUACCCAUCUUGUAGUUGGCACGCCAACACGUAACGAGAAGUAUCUGUCUGCCAUGGCAAUGGGCAAGUGGCUGCUUUCCAAGUCGUAUCUAGAAGCUUGUCGUGAAUCUAACCACUUUGUUGAGGAAGAUAUACACGAGUGGGGCUCAGCAGAGAACUUAUCUACUCUACCAGACCAGGUAGCUAAGUUGGCCAAAGCUGCUCCAAGGUGGCGAAAAAAACUACAAGAAGAACGGAACAAGAGUGCUUCUGGAAUUUGCUCUGGUGCAUUCCAUAGUUGGAAGAUUUUACUUGGUGUCAGCCGAAAGAAAGAGGAUGGUUUUAAACGAUUACUGCAAGCGGGAGGCGCCAAGAUACUUCAAGUGCGCCCUCCUUUCAACCACUGUCACUAUGAAGAGGCAACUCACGCAUUCAUAACGGAUGAUGCAGCCUCUCAGGUGGACAUUCAUACUAUUCUUGAUUAUCAGAUUUUGUGCCUGAAGCCUGAAUACAUUGCAGAAUUUCUGACGAGAGAUCCUCAGCCAGACCCAGACAGCUACCGUUUUAAAGGAGCUAAAGGAAUAAGAAACUCGGAAGAAAACAACAGCAAACUUGACCUUAGAAAGCGCAAAACAUCAACAAAUACAGACUCACCAAGCAAGAAAACACGGCUACGAUAAAUUUUAAUAAAAUUCAUGCUGAUAUGCCAGACGAUAAAAAAAAAAUUAAAAUUGAUAACUGAAAACAUUGUAUUUCAGGCAAAACAAAAAGGGGCUGAUUGACUAGUAUUGUGCUACAUGGUUGUAUUGCAAUCAAAAUGUAAUGUAUUACGAUUCGUAGUUGCCUCGGAUAUGUUGCCUUUUGAGUAAUUUAUUGUAAUAUAAUAUCCAAAUAUACUUUGUUAGUAUUCGUUUUGUUGCCAUAGUUUUGUACAGAACUCCCUAUAAUUGUUUAAUUUGACAAUGGUACUGUAUAUAAUGAAUUGCCAAAAAAAACUCAUUCAGGUAUAGCCAAUCCUGACAAUGUGGACCGCUUUGCAUGGAUUCUAAUUCUAAAUAUGUAAUAUUUAAAACAUUUUUGAUUGAUAUGAAACAGUACUAAUGUAUAAUAAAAGUAUUUGUGUAUUAUUCAAUACUUUAAGAAAACUGUAUUGAGAAGAGAAAUUUCCAAGGUAGCUUGGUGUCCUAGCUCCUCUGGAAGAGAAAACGAAUGGAGAUUGCGAGGUCCCAAGGGGAAGCCAAUCUGCCAGCAGAUCUGUUUAACAGACCUUUCUUCACACAUCUAAUUUCAUUUUGCUGUGCAUGAUAAAACCCAUUGUAAUCGAGAGAAAAUUGACAGAACAGUAGUAAAAACAUGCAAAUGUCGUGAAUUUGUAGGAGAUAAUUGUUUACCGGGAGAUUCUCCUUGCUUGCGGGAGUACAGGAGACCUUUUUGCGAUUUCCAAGAGACUCCUACGACUGAAAUCCGAGGUUCUUGAUUUUCAAUUUUGAUGGAGAAAAUAUAUGGUUGUCUGAAGCUCUGUACAGAUUUUCAAAUUUUUUUUGACAAAAUGAUUGUAUGCCCAUAUAUAGUCAUGGUUUGCCUAUAUAUGGUCAUGAUGUGAUGUUGGGACCAUAUUUAGGCAUAUCACAUGUGUUUGUGUAGUAAAAUUUUAUUGUCAUGACAGGUCUAUGAAAAUUGUUUAUAAAAUAUCACUGAUGAAUGUGUUUAUAUCGAUAUGUAAUAAAUUUACAUACUGUAAUUGAUUAUUUAAAAGAUUAGAAAUUUCUGGAUAUUUGUGAAAUGUUUUUUACAUAUUAUGUGAUUUAUGUAUAUUAACGAAAACAAUUAUACAAAACACAUAUAUGGUGCAGUAUAUAUCAUCCAUAAUUCCGCAAAGCCAAAACUUAAGAAACAAUAAAAUUUCCUGUUAAAUUAAAAACAUUACUAGAAUUAAACGAAAUUAAAAUCGAAAACAAUAAAUUGUUGCAUCAAAGGUCUGAACGCCAUCCUAUAAAA